AUUUUAGUGUCUUUUCUUUGCUUUCUUUCUUUCUUCUUACUCUUUGCAUGCCUUCUAUGUGCAGUACUAAUUUAUCCUUUGUUUCGCAUCUUGCCUGAGUACAUACACCAGGGGUUCAGUGAACAAUCUGUUCAGUAUGAUUGAGAUUUAACAGCGCAUUAGGAAUUUAAAAUCAAUUAGGAUAAGGAAGGAGAAUCCUGGAGUUGAAACUAGCUUCAGAUCAGGAAAAAUAGAUGAGAGUAAGUUGUCUCUCUGAAGCUGGGAGGAAAUGGAGGCUCUGUUAGAAGCAGUGCAGCAUCUUGGCCAUGAUGGCAGCGUCCUCACCACCUGUGAAGCUGAAUUGCAAGAACUGAUGAAGCAGAUUGAUAUCAUGAUGGCCCAUAAAAAGGCGGAAUGGGAAGCACAGUUCCAGUCAGUGGAGACAAGGCUAAAGGCUCGAGAACAGGAGCUUGGUGCCAUUCAGCCACUGCUCGACCAGAAACAGACAGAGGUGGACCAGUUGCGACAAUACUUACAAGACAGUGAGAAAACUCAACACGAUAUGGUAGUGCAGUAUGAAUCGCAGCUCAACAUAUUUCAAGAAGAGAUUGAGAAACUGAAGAAAAGCUACGAGAAGUUGCAGAGACGGCAGUUCAAGGAAGCGAGAGAGGACAUGAAGGACAGGAAAGACAGGAAGGAGUGCAUGUCUGAACUCAACAAGCUAAAUAAAAAGGUUGAGAAAUCAAUCAAGGAAAAUGAGGAACUGAACAAAAGACUGCAAGAUCAAGCAUAUAUCAUUCAGAGUAAAGAUCUCCAACAGAAGCGGCUGUGUAAGGAACUGGCCAGAUGCAAUGAAAUGCUGCAGGCCCAAGAGAACAUUAACAGCAGGUCAUCAGAAAGCUUGAAGCAACAGUAUAGCAAUAUUUCCUACAGGCAAUCUGAGCUCCAGGAAGCAGUUCCACUCUAUGGAAGCCCACAAGGUGAGAGGAAUCACAUAGUCGAAGUUACAGUCCUUCAGCAGAGUUUAGAUUCUGCAAAAGAGGAAGUUCUCAAAAAACGUGAGGAGCUGAAACGGAUGGAAGCCGAGCACAGUAAAUGCAAAUCAGAAGUUAAGAAGCUGAGAGACCAAAUGAACCUGGUUGAGCAGCAACAUCACUCUGAGUUGAAGGGAAUGAAACUGGAGAUUUCGCAGCUGACUACCGAGCUGCACCAACGUGAUGUAGCCAUUGCAGUAAUGAGUGCAGCCACCACCGACAUGGAGCAUCAGCUUCGAAGAGAAAUGGAGAAAACUGACAGGAAGGCAAAAGAAAUUAAGCAGAAUUGUUCGGAAUUGGACCUUCAGGAUGGCUACUUUUCAUCUUUGACGCAAUUGGAGCAGGAAAACCAACGGCUCCAGCAAGAACUUGCUGACGUGAGAAACAAACUGGAGAUGUCAGUGAAAGUGGCGCAGGAUAGAUACGAGCUGCUUCUGCUUCAGAUACAUAACAAGCUGACAGAUAUCGGAGAUAUGGAGGACAGGCGAGUGGGAGAGCUCCAGCUUAAACAUAAGGAGGAGUUGCAGGAACUUCAGAACCAACUCGUGGAGAUGACUGCGAAAUCCCAAGAUGUCAAGAGGCCAAAACAGAGUGCGCAUCCACUAUCCAAGUCUGACUCUAGCAACUUAACAGACUGCUCAGGCCAGGCUGGGGAGAGUGACUAUAGUGACGCUCAGCAAAGGGAUUCGCCGUCUGAAUAUCUUCAAGCUAUCACGUCAUACGUCACCUUGCAUGCAGAUAAGAAUGAAGCAGAUUUUUCUGACAGUGCAUCGAUGCAGUCUCUCCGUUCACUUCAUAAUGAUCAACUUCUGCCUCUGAGCCCAGCCAUUGAAUCUCCCAACACAUCGAUAGCAGCCAAGUUUCUUGAAGAGGAGGAUAAAAGGUCACAACGACUCUUAAAACAACUGGACAUGCAUAUUGAUGAGCUCAAAAUAGAAAGUGAAAGAACUGUUGACAAAUUUGUGUGAUCUGCUGACCAAAGGACAGCUUACAUGCUACAUACAAUGGAAAUUGCUUGGUAUGAUAACGGGUAACUUGGAGCUAUUGUGUAGAUUGCUGUGCCUCCUUGAUUGGCCCAUUUGUUUCCUUGCACUAAACCUCCUAUAUUAGAGUUUAAAUUUGCCAUCAUUGUCCAUGUCCUGGUUUCAUAUGGUUGCUUUUUGUUUUCUCUACCCAAAAUUAUACCAGAAAGGUGAGACUAGCUUUCAGGUGCAAGUGUACAUUUGGAGAUGGGCUUCAAACUCCCUCUGCAGUUUCCUAAAUCCAUGCCUAAAUGUAUCCAUUUACAGGGAAUUGUGCAAAACCAAGGGGUUCAUCUUUGAACUGUCAAAGCUGCAAGCCAUAAUUGUGGAAGUAUUUUAUGACCACAGCACUGAGCAUAGGAUGAUGAUAUCUUGUUAUGUAAACCGGAAAAUCCAAACUGCAAGGGAAAUUUGCGAAUGUUUUGUGUCUAAAAUCAUGGUGCAAUUUAUUUGCUACAUUGUUGUGCAUUGAUGAAUGAAGAUGUCCAGGCCCUUCUGCUAGUGUCCUUUGAUGCAAGUAAAGGAAGGAGAUAGUGGUCUGUACUUUAUAUUGCCUUUAGAUCGUUUUAUCUAUUGCCUGUCUCAGGGCUCACUCAGUCAUGUUAAAUAUUUUCACAGAAUCAGUAUUGUACAUCAAAGGUAUUGAUGCAGUUGGAUUUCACUAGAAACUAAUGCAAAUGUGUUUUUAUUUAUUUACAUAAGAUUUAUCAAUAAAUUUAAUAUAGAAUUGAAGAAA